CAGCCCCCCUCGGACUGACCCCGCUAUUGGGGCAUUGGAGUUAGUCUCCUUCGAUUCCCACUCAGUCGAAAUCCCCUGUCUGCUCCUCGGCAAUGCCUCGCCUUGGCUAAGCUCACCCAUUCGCCUGUUUCCCUUCCAUCGAGAUCGCAGACACAGGCAAGGACUUUGAUGCUAGUGUGAACUUCAACGUCAAACUGCAACGAUGGCUGCAACAAUGGCCCCCAUGUCCCAGAACGGAGACUUUGAAAGCUGGAACGGUUCGGUCGACCUUAGCACGGAGAUGAUCUUUCCAUCGCUGUCGCUGGAUCCAGAACUACCACCUACAACCAGGCGAGUGCCUAAAAGCCGACGGCGACGGCAAAGUUCGACCACUGCAGGCGGAGACGGUAAAGAAGCAUCUCGGAUGCUAGCGUGCCUAAGUUGUCGAGGACAGAAAAUCAAGUGCAGUCGGAAAGGUCCAACAUGUGAUCGAUGUGAGAGGUUGCAGAUACAAUGCGUGGUGCCGGAAGAAGAUGAACGGUCAAGGCCGUCGUCGAAGAGUCAUAUUCGGGAGCUGGAAAAACAAAUCGAAACCUUGCAAAGGCGACUGCGAGAGACUGAACAAAGAGCACACCGGAACUUAUACUUGACACCGCCCGUCAUGUCCCAUUUACCUGGGGGUACUUUGGAUCCAGCUUUGGCAGACGAGUCUGUACAAUCUGCGAACCCUCUCGAUUCUCGAAAGACGUCGCAUCCGUUGAUCGCUGGCUUGUGUGUAGAAAAUGCUCACUUUCAAGCGGAUGAGAGUGGUCGCGUCAGGUACUACGGGCCAACAUCGAGCCUGCAUACCAGCGAGAAGACGUCCUGCAAUUUUGUGAAGUGGGAUGAUAGCCAUGUCGAUGCUGACGACCACAAUGACAUCUCACCAACUCUCCGCGAUCAUCUUUUGGAGCGGUACUGGCGAUUUCAGCACCAGGUCCUCCAGGUCGUUCACCGCGAAGCGUUCCUGCAAGACAUGCAGGCUGGUCGGACUCGCUACUACAGCAAAGCCUUACUCUACUCCAUAUUGGCCAACGCGGCCGUGUUCUCAGAGGUACCAGAGAUACGAGCUUUAGUACUGAGCAGAGAUGAAGACCCCGAAGGCUCAAAACCUUUUCUGCUCAGAAAGGCCGCUGAGAUGAUUGAACACGAGAUCGAGAACAACGUAGGCUUGACGACUGUACAAAGCCUUCAGUUACUGAGUGCGGUAUAUUCCCGUCGCGGUGCAGAUACAAAAGGUUGGUUGGAGUCGGGACGGGCCUCUCGUCUCGUAUUCGAACUUGGCCUGCACAAGGACGACGCGGAAGUCCAGUCGAAUUGUUCGUCUCCAAUGGAUCUUGAGGUCAGACGAGCGGUCUUCUGGGGAAGCUUUGCUUACGAUCAAGGCUGGGGUCUCUACCUUGGACGCCCCUGUGCACUCAACCUGGACGAUGUGUGUAUCACGCCGCCCUCCUUUCUGCCUGAUGACACUUCAUCCUCCUCGACAGAACUACCAACGUUGCCCGCGUGGGCCACGCUCUUCACUAUCGUGGGAGAAAUUUCCAAGGCCUUGAACAAGAGAACAUUCAACAGUCACCACCUACAAACUUGUUGCCAGAAGCUUCUGACAUGGGAAACGAACCUUGACUCUCGUCUCAGACACACGCCAGGUUGUGCACCGGCAGUAUAUGUUCUUCAACUGCAGUAUCACGCAGCGAUGACUCUUUUACAUCGAUCUACGGCAAGGUUUGGUAUGCAUCAGGCUGAGAUUAGCCCCGCCUCACAAGCAUCACGAGCUAUCUGCAUCGAUCACGUUCUUUCCAUAUCACGUCUUCUGGCCGACUACAGAGCAUCUCAUGGAUCCGCCAUAACACUGCUUGGGACAGCGAUGUACAACAUCACUGUGGCAGCUGUGGUACUAAUUGCUAUUCGUGCCGAGCAGGCUUCUGAAACUUCCAACGAGUAUCUGGCCAGUUUGACCACUUGCAUUACAGCCCUGGAAGAGAUCCAAUUCAGUCAUGGAAGUGCCAAAACGGUGCUCAAGCAGCUCAGAUACUUGAUGCGCCGAUGUAAGCUCCUGAACACCAAAGAGGACUCGCAAGCAAUCCGAGAUGCCAACGAUUCACUUCUGCCACGACUACCAACGGUUGGUGCACAGACAGAGAGCCCACCAGUCAUGUUGCAGCAUUUGGUCAGGCAGCAGGAUCGGUCUACUGACAACACAUUGUAUACGGAUCCCGGUCAAUUCAUGCUCGCCUUGGAUGACUGUGAAGCGUUGAAGACCAUGGGGUCUUGGAACGAUUUUGGAGAUGUAUUUCUGUCGUAAAGGGCUGGAGGCGUUCCCAGGUUAUUCUCA